AUGCCUCCCCUCUCUACCAUCCGCGUUUCAAAUUCGCGCAUCACCGCAGCCACAGCGCCGCGUGUAGCUGUCUUCACAGGCGCCACUCAGGGCAUUGGUAAGGCUACCCUGACGCAGCUUGUCGGGGUUGGUACACCAAUCACGAUAUACCUUAUUGGUCGGAAUGGGUCAACUCAGGAAGGAUUCCUGGAGGAACUGAGGGCAUCGAACCAACAGGCCAAAAUCGUGUGGUUGGAAGGACAGGUUUCCCUGUUAUCGGAGACGAAAAGGUUAUGUGACGAGAUCAAGAGCCGCGAGAAGAGCAUCGAUCUUCUCUUUUUCUGCGCAGCCUACGUCGCAUUGGGGGGUCGGAGAGACACAUCAGAAGGCUACGACACCGCAAUAACCCUGGCGUUUUGGGGCCGAGCCCUCUUUACCAGUCUCCUCCUCCCCCUUCUCCGCAAUUCCGCUGCUUCCUCCUCCUCGUCCGCCUCUGCGUCCCCAUCCUACGCACCACGAGUGAUCAGUAUCGGCGCAGCGGGCCUAGAAUCUGCCAGUGUCCCCCUCGACGAUUUGGACCUCAAGUCCCCCAAAAUCUUUGGCCCCUUGGUCUGUGCCAAAACCUGCGCGACUAUGAGCACGGUGUUUUACGACCAUCUGGCUUCCUCCCCAGGGAAUGAAGGUGUGGUGUUCAUCUACAACCACCCGGGCAACGUGGACACCAAUAUUCUGAAGAACGGCUGGGGAGAAGGAUCGUGGGGUCCGACAUUGGUCGGUCUCGUCCAGCGCUUGGUUUGGCCGUUGAUACGGUUGUUUGGUGUAGGCGGGAUCACAGCUGCAGUGAGUGGGGAGCGGAGUUUGUUUUUAUGCACUAGUGCGAUGUUUGGUGGGAGGGGUGUGUCUGUUGAUGGUUGUGGAAGGGGCAGAACGUUAGCGGGAAGGGAGAUGGGAGGUAUAUUUUGUGUGCCGGAAAAUAUCGAGUGUAUCCAGCCUCAGGAGGUGGUUGGGAAAUUAUUUGUUAAUGGAGGGAGGGAGAAGAUUUUGGAGAAAGUGGACGAGGUUCUCAAGCCAUAUCUUUGA